UUCGAUCCCUCUAUAAUUUCCUUCCGAAUUCUUGGGGCAACGGCCGUCUCCAUGGGCGCAUUCUCUUUGCUGCCCUCCGUUCCGGCCACCACUCGCUCCCUCGUCCCCUCCGCCUUCCGAUGGAGCGCUUCGCCGCUCAACUCCGCCGCGACCGCAGUCCCUCGGCGCGGCCUUCCUCCCUCCCGUCGCCGGUUUCUCCUAGGCCGCCUCCAAUCCAACAUUGCUGAUAGAGAUGGAAUGGCUCAAAUGCCUCUGGAACAGUCUGAAAUCAUUUUUUUAGGCACAGGAACUAGUGAAGGUAUUCCUCGAGUGAGCUGCCUCACUAAUCAAUUGAAGACAUGUGGGGUUUGCUCAAAGGCAACUGAGCCAGGCAAUAAAAAUAGGAGGCUUAACACAAGCAUCCUUAUACGUUAUACCAAUUCUAUUGGAAGAUUUAACAUUCUUAUAGAUGCGGGCAAAUUCUUCUACCAUAGCGCACUUCGGUGGUUCCCUAGUUUUGGGAUGAGAACAAUUGAUGCAGUCGCUAUUACUCAUUCUCAUGCAGAUGCAAUUGGAGGCCUUGAUGACCUUCGAGAUUGGACAAACAAUGUCCAGCCACACAUACCAAUCUAUGUAGCUAGGCGUGAUUUUGAGGUGAUGAAGAAGACUCAUUACUAUUUAGUGGAUACAAGUGUAGUUUUACCUGGUGCUGCUGUCUCUGCAUUGCAAUUUAAUCUUAUAGAGGAGGAACCAUUUUUUGUUCACAAUCUCAAGAUUACUCCUUUACCUGUCUGGCAUGGACAUGGUUACCGUUCCCUAGGUUUUCGUUUCGGGGAUAUAUGUUACAUAAGUGAUGUUAGUGACAUACCAGAAGAAACUUACGAGCUUCUCAAAGAUUGUGAACUUCUGAUUUUGGAUGCACUAAGACCAGAUCGUUCAUCUCCAACACAUUUUGGACUACCAAGGGCUCUAGAGGAAGUCCGGAAGAUUCAACCAAGGAGAACACUUUUUACUGGUAUGAUGCAUUUAAUGGACCAUGACAAAGUAAAUGAACAGCUUUCUAAGUUGAUGGAGACAGAGGGUCUGGAUGUUCAGCUGAGCUAUGACGGCCUCCGUGUACCAGUAAGCCUCUAGAAGAGUUGUUUUUUUUUUUUUUUGAAACUCUUCACCAUUCAUUUUCUCAACAAUCAUGUCUAAUAAAUUGGCACUGCAAUCCUGCUGCCUUUUAAGUGGGGUCGGGAUGCUGUAGCAAUGCGAUGCAUCUCCAUGACUAAUUUUUGGAUUGUUUGGUGAGGUCAAAUAAAACGCCAGCAUAGUAAUCUCUUUUUUU